AUGAGCGAGGAUCAAAAAAUUAUUGAACACGAGGGCGUUAAAUAUUAUAAAAAGGAAGGUCAAUGGCAUCGUUUGGUUCCAAUCGAAGAAGACAAAGUGCCUGCUACUAAAAAAUGCAAAUUAAACCUUCAACCAGAAAUUCUGUUUGAUAUAUUUAAAUUUCUCAACUUUGUUCAAUUAUUGGCUGUUCAAGAAACAAAUUUUUAUUUCAAAAAUUUUAUUGACAAAUAUGGGAAGGAACUGGCGAGGAAGAAAUACGAAUUUCUUUUUUUUGUGCUAUAUUGUGAAUUUCAAGAUCAGGGACAUAAAUUUGUUGGACUGGAACCUAAUGAUUUUCAAUUGAGUGAACAACUUGAGGAAAAGUGGAAACGUGCAAUAGAAGAGUCAAUUCCAAUGUUUUUAACAUGGCCUGGCUGUACAUAUGAACUGGGGGAAGAAGAUAUUGUUGUUUGUGAUUUGGGACAAGGUUAUGUCAACGAGUUUGACGAUUUUUUCCCAACUAAGUCAUACUGUUUACAUUUACCAUGGAUUCCAAAAAGUAUAGAGGAUAUGAAAAUUGCUCGAUCUUUAUUCCAACUACUUUUUAACUGUGCUUUCGAAAUGGUUGAGCUUGAUUUUACUGUAAUUAAUCCACAAAUGAUCCAAUUAUUGUUUGAUGAAGAUAAAACAAAUAUGCCUUUACAAAUACAUUCACAACGAAUUGUUCUAUUUCCCUGCGGGAAUCAUGUUUUCGACUUGGUUUUGAAUCAUCUGUUUUCUAAAGAACUUAAAUUCUAUAUUGAUAAUGCAUAUGCCGAUGAUGUAGAAGAAAAAUUGGACGUUGUAUUCAAAAUUUUGGCAAAUGGAGGAAAUAAAAUUUCAAUGAUUACUUGUCAAAAUACUCAUUCUAAAUUUUACAAUUUCAUUAUAAAGGUUUGUAAAAAAUAA